GUAAAAUCAACGGUCAAUUUUUUUCUCUCCUUUUUUCAGGUUAAUUCCUUUGAGCAACUCUGCAUAAACUACACCAACGAGAAACUUCAGCAACUCUUCAACCACACUAUGUUCGUUCUCGAACAAGAGGAAUACAGUCGAGAGGGUAUACCUUGGGACUUUAUUGAUUUUGGGCUGGAUCUCCAACCCACCAUAGAUUUGAUUGAAAAGCCCGUCGGUAUCUUGGCCCUUCUGGACGAGGAGUGCUUCUUCCCUAAGGCUACGGACAAGUCGUUUGUAGAAAAGCUUUUCAAGCAGCAGGAGGGCAACCCUAAGCUUUUUAAACCUGAAUUCCGUUCUACAUCGGAUUUUGGUGUCUGUCACUAUGCUGGUCGCGUAGACUAUCAAGCUGCUCAGUGGCUAACCAAGAAUAUGGACCCUCUCAACGAUAAUGUCGUCUCACUUCUUCAGUCAUCCAACGAACCUCUCGUUCAGGUAGUACUAUCUCGCGUUUGGCCUUGUUCUACAUGUCAUCCUUGUUCUAAUCAUCCCCGUGACUGCUUGAAUCCAACUGUGACAACGUGA